CGCGUACGUGGAGGAGGAUAAAGCUUAACCAGAAAAUUAAAUCGCCGUAGUCCAAAUAUUAAAUCGCCGUAGUCCAAAUAAUUGAGCGGCCUCAAAUUGCUCACCUCUCUCUCUCUCUCUCUCUCUCUUUUCAGUUUGAUUUUCUUUCUUCUGUGUGUUUAAGCUCAGUGAUCUUCGUCUAUGGUGGUUGGUCUCCGUUAAAGUAAAGAUGAACUCUAACCCUUCCAAUAAUCCACAAUCAACGACGCCCGCCGAUGCCUCAGCCAAGAAGAUCAGAAAGCCCUAUACCAUAACCAAGUCCAGAGAAAGCUGGGCCGAGGAAGAACACGACAAGUUCCUCGAAGCUCUUCAACUGUUUGAUCGUGACUGGAAAAAGAUCGAAGAUUUUGUGGGUUCCAAGACAGUCAUUCAGAUUAGAAGUCAUGCCCAGAAAUAUUUUCAGAAAGUGCAGAAGAACGGGACUCUUGCUCAUGUUCCUCCACCACGCCCCAAGCGCAAAGCUGCACACCCUUACCCUCAAAAGGCAUCCAAAAAUGUUUUGGUUCCCCUUCAAGCUUCCUUAGUUUAUCCUUCUUCAAUGAAUGCUUUGGUGCCUGCGUAUUCAACAUGGGAUGAAGCUUCUUUGUUGAUAAGUCCCACUUCAAGUAAAAUAACAUCCCAGGAAGAAUUUGCUGAUAUUGCAUCAAAGGGGGCUACAAGGAAUAGUAACAACAGUAUUUGUGGCAUUGAAAGCUCAUGUAGAUCAAUACCAGGUUCUGAGAUACCAAAGCAUGGGAAACAAGGUUCUGUGCUCCACGGACCAGAUUUUGCUGAAGUUUAUAGCUUUAUCGGGAGUGUCUUUGAUCCGGACACUAAUGACCAUGUACAGAAACUCAAGGAGAUGGAUCCCAUUAAUUUUGAGACCGUUUUAAUGUUAAUGAGAAACCUCACCUUCAACUUGUGUAACCCAGAUUUUGAGCCUAUUGUUCUGUCAUCUUAUGGCAUCAACGCAAAAUCGAUGGGAAUUGCUAAGCAGAACUGUGAUCUGCCAGUUUGAACUACCUAGGGUGUUUACAACUUGCUGACUACUUGUUUUGUUAUGAUAGGUAGGAUCAUGGCUCUAAAAUGUAAAUGGUGCUAGCACAGCAAGCCACAUAUGAAACCUUUAGUUUAGAGAUGAAUGCAACCACAACCUUUAGUUUUGUAAUCAUCUUUAUUCUAUAGUGUUUGGUGGCCAAAACAGAAAGGGAUAAUGGAGUCUUAAGGUUAUUCUGUUUAUUAGGCAUUCUUUAACCAGAGAAGUGUGUAUAUUGUGUAAUAUUCAUUUUGCCUUGAAAAAUGUAAAAAAGCCCUUAUUUUUAUCAAUUUUGCAGGGCUUGUACCCCUAAAGCCAUGUAUUACAAGCAUUUAAAUGAUAAUACACUAUUUGCAAAGUAAA